AUGGUUAUGACAUGUUCUUCUUCUCGAUCACAACACUUGUUGUUCUUCUCGUUCUUGUUCUUUUUCAUCCCUUUUCUCAGCUUAGCACAACCAAUCACCGUCAACAUAGACAGUUCUAUAUGGAACUUCCCUUCAAACACAACAUGUUUAUGCCCCCAACAAAGCAACUUCUCCCGAUCAUUAUUCUCCAACAACCUUAACCGUCUUGUCUCUUUAAUCCCUUCUCGCCAUUCCAACACCUACAACUUCUACAACUUUUUGGUCGGUGAUCAAGAACGAGUAGAAGCCAUUGGACUCUGCAACAGAGUACUCACACGAGUAGAUUGUCUCAAUUGUAUCUCCCAAGCUGCAGUAAACCUAACCACAACUUACUGUCCAGCUCAUAGAGAAGCUUACGUGCGAGCCACGAAAUGUAUGUUUCGUUACUCAGACAAACCCAUUCUAGGGAAACUCGAAACGAGUCCAGUCUUGGAGGCAGCAAAGCCUAAUGAUGCAGCGGGAGAUAAAGACGAGUUUAUUCGUUUGCAAAGCGAGUUACUUAACCGACUCAGACAAGAAGCUGCAGCAGGUGGAGUUAAGAGGAAGUAUGCUCAAGGAAGCGGUACUGGUCCGAAACCUAACACGACAUUCUUUGCUGCCGUCCAAUGCACGCCAGAUUUGUCUGAGAAAGAUUGCAACAACUGUCUCAACUAUGGUUUUGGAAACGCGACCAAAGGGAGAUUAGGGCUCAGAUGGUUUUGUCCUAGCUGUAGCUUUCAGAUAGAGACUAACUUGAGAUUCUUCCUUAUCGAGAGCGAGUAUGAGUCUGAUCUACCAAGAAAUCCAAGACCAGAACAGAUGAUUUGA